GUCGCCAACUUAUCCUUGGGUGAAGAGGUGUUGCUAUGUACAUCCCCAAGGACGAGCAAGAAGCCGCCAUGAAAAAACGGGAAGCAGAGAAAGAUGUUCUGAUGCGGCGGGCGAUGGAGGAUGAACAACGGAUGGCGUGGAAGCUCGCGGUGAUGAGGGAGAAGAAGAGAAGAAUGGAGGCGGCGAAUGCAGCAAUACAGGAAUUGGAGGUGGUGCAGAAAUUGAGGUUACAAUUGACACCCCAGGUAGAUCUCGAGCGGAAGGUAGAGAUCAUCGCCCAGAUCGUCAAACUAUUAGCCAAGGUGCAAGAAAAGCACUAUGAAUUUAGUGGCAGCCAGGAGAUAUCUGUGCGUUCGAUGCGAACGGGAUUACGGGACUUUGCUCGUGAGUUAGUAGGCGCUGUGGGGUCCGAGGUGAGUCACCGCCUCGAGAAGACUGAGCGUUUUUGUGUCGGCGCCAUUGAGGGCGUCAAGGUGGCAGCUCCCAAGGAGGAGGAGAGUCGUUCUCGCAGGGAGCCAGUCAAAGUCAAAUUCCCUGAUUCCUACAGUGGAAAAAGGGACGAGAACUUUGACAAUUGGGAGGCCAAUGUCAAGAGCUAUGUGCAUUUGCAACAGGUCUCCCCAGAUCAGCAGGUUCUGAUCGCGAUCCACGCGCUUAGAGACGAGGCCGCUAGCUUUGCAAGGCCCCUAGUUCGCGCUGCCAAUUGUAAUGAUGAUCCAGUUGCGUUCUCCUCAUUUACUCCCCUCAUCGAUUUUAUGAAAUUGUUGCGCGAGCGAUUUGCUGAUGUCACUCGCAGUGUCAAGGCCUCAAACAAGCUCCAGACCAUCCAUUCUCGUAAAUGGAAGAGUGCCAGGGCACUCAAGGGUACAAUGGAUGAGUUAGUGGCCGUCCCGGACCAUGGGGUCACAGAGGGCCAGUUGGUCAACCUCUUUUACCGGGCUAUGCCCGAAGCCUUUCGAGGGCAGUUCUUCGCGAAGAGCGAAGACCCUGCCACCACUUACGAUUCCCUUAGCUGUGAGGUGGUGGCUUUUAAAGCCAAGUCCGUGUCCCUAUCUACCUUCUGGCACAAGGACUUGGACAAGGGUAAGCAAUGGAAGGGCCGCACUAUCUCUGGGCAGGUGAAAACGAAGGAUAGUCUUGUCCUAACCUUAGAUGAAGGUAGUGUGGACGAGAUCCCCUACGAUCAGAUUGAGUGGGGGUUGGAGGAAGAGGACAGCGGUGCGAGCCAGGGGAGGACUUACGCUGCUGUCACGGCUGGAAGGAGGCCGCAAGGAGGAGGACGAGGCCAAGGCCAAGGAGGCCGGGCCUCAGGGAGCCGGUUUCAGGGCGAUUAGGGGGUUGGCGGCAGAGGAGGAAACCGCCAAGCGGGAGGCAGGGGUCAAGGUCCCCCGCAAAACCGUCCUAG